GAACUGAGCAUGCGUUCACACAAACUUCACGGACGACGCAUGCGCCCCAGCUGCAGCUUUUCCGGACUACAGAUCUUGGUUCGCUUUCGCUCACUGUACUCGCCGCUACGAAAACAACCGUAACUACUUUGCUUUAGCUGAAAGAAAAGUUUCGACAGGUUUGUUCCACGUGUAACAUUAACAGAAAAUGGCGGACGAGACAAUUCUGGUGAGAUAAAAAUGGACGCUAGUGUUAACGACAGCUUCGAGAGGCAGACACGGACUGUGGUGGAGGUCUCAGUCCGGGCCACCGUCACCGCGCUGGAGCGGGGCGCUCCCGCCGCGGGAGGCGGGGCAGCAGCGGCAACACCGACACAAAUCCUGCAGGACAUGGGGAAAGACUUAACCCACAAAAUAAGCCAGCUGUACCGGGACACAUCCGCCAAACUGCUGCAGGAGAACCGCGCUCUGAGGGCGGAGGUGGGGCAGCUGGAGGCCGAGCUGAAGGCCAACAUCACCGCCGCCUUCCAGCUGGAGAAACAGCUGCGGAGCCAGGUGGGCCGGCUGAGGAGGGAGGUGGCUCACCUGGACCGGGACCUGAAGAGGACGAGAGAGACAAGUGAGACAACCAGGGAGCUGCUGGACAGAGACCGCAGGGAGAAGACCCUGACCGGGCCGGUCCAUGUGCUGCUGCAGGGCGGGUCGCUGCUCGGGAGCCCCGUGGUGUCUCUGUACACCAAUCAGAAGGUGGCGGACCCUGCCGCUCUGUCGGUGGCCAUCCUGAGGUCUGUGGUGUCCACGGGUCAGACCUCCGCUCAGCCCUCAGCUCCUCUGGUGGUGACGAGUCGCCCUCUGCCCGGCCUCGCCUCCGUGCCCGUCCGUCUGAAUCUGACGGCUCAGGAGGCGGCGGCUUCUGACGCGGCCACGGGACAGACCUCCCAGCCUGCCGCCAGCCAGCCUCGCCCCGACCCGACAGCAGACAGCCCGGAGACCCCCCCGGAGGCUGAGGAUUCAUCAGCAGUCGACGCCCAGCCUCAGGACACGGAGACAAAGCUCAGUGAGGACAAACCCGAAGACUCUGGAGGACCGUCGGCAGGCUUCAGGAAGAAGGAGGAGCAUCAGCAGAAGCGAGUGUUUUGUGAGAAAUGCAACAAAGGCUUCCACUACCGACAUCAGCUGAAGAAGCACAUGAGACGUCACGACAAGCCUUUCUCCUGCCGCCAGUGCGACAAACGCUUCCACAAAGAAAAGACUUUCCAAACUCACCUCCAGGCCCACGAAGUAAAACCGGCCAGAGAGAAGAAGAGGCAGGAAAUGUGGCCUUGUAGCCAGUGUGACAAACGGUACAGACUCCAGCAGGACCUCAAAGCCCACCUGAGACACCACGAAGCACAGAAGUUCUUCAAGUGCUCCGUUUGCGAGAAGGCGUACGCGAAGAUCCGCCUGCUGAAACGGCACGAGGCGGUUCACACCGGACUCCGGCCGUUCACCUGCGACAGCUGCGGCAAAGGAUUCGCUGCCAAGAGCGUCCUGCAGGAGCACCAGUCCAUUCACACCGGAGCAAAACCGUUUAGCUGUGCCACCUGUGGGAAGAGUUUCAGGACUUCCGCUCACCUGAUUUCUCACAAGAAAGUGCACUCAGAGGAGCGUCCGUUCAGGUGCUCCGACUGCGGCAAGACCUUCAAGCUGAAACGCGCGCUGGUGCAGCACCAGGUCGUCCACACGGGGGAAAAACCCUUCGUCUGCCAGACGUGCGGGAUAGGGUUUGGUCUCAAGAACAACCUGCAGAGACACCUUCGUGUCCACACAGGUGAGAAGCCCUUCAGGUGCCCGAAGUGCGGGGAGGAGUUCUCAGGAACCUGGUCGUUCAAGACCCACAUGCUUGUUCACGGUGCCAAGAAACCGUUUAUGUGUGACCUGUGUGGGAAGACAUUUUUCUACAACUCCAAACUGCUGGAGCACCAACAGGUGGUGCACCGCAACCAAGAGAAGGCACAGAGUUCGCAGGGAGAAGGUCCAGCAGGGCCGAAGACCUUCAGCUGUUCGGUCUGUCACAAAGGAUUCUCCGGUGCCAGCGAGCUACGAGUUCAUCAAGAAACCCACAGCGAGGAAAACAAGUUCGUCUGCGCUACCUGUGGGAAGUGCUUCCACCGCAAAUGUACUUUUGUCUACCACAUGCGGCAGCACGGCGAGGAGAAGCCGAGCAGCUGCGGCGUGUGCGGGAAGACCUUCCUGCAGCCGAGCCGCCUGAAGGAGCACGUGACGCUCCACACCGGAGAGAAGAGGUACACCUGCGAGCAGUGCGGCAGAGCCUUCAGGACACGCAAUAAUUUCUACCGACACGCCAGACUCCACCGAGGAGAGCGGCCGUACCAAUGCCAGGUCUGCCACAGCAAGUUCAGCCAGUCCAACCAGCUGAAGUCGCACAUGCAGAUCCACACGGGCGUGAAGCUGUACCCCUGCAGCCGCUGCCGCCGGGGCUUCUCCGACUCCAGGCAGCUCAAGAAACACAGCUGUGGCGACGGCUUUCAGACACCGGCACUCAGGUCAGGAAAGGGCCGAGCACGGACGUGACCGGACGCGCGUUUCCGAAAGAACAGCCACCAGUUGAAGUCUUUGUUAUGGUCUUGAAGUAAACCUGGUGGACACCCAGCGGAGGACCCCGACUCAGCUUUUUGCCCUGAGGACAUGUGACAUCAUCGGCCAAUCAAACGUGUGCUGUGUUCAGACAUAACUCUGCUGUUUACGUGGUGACCAGGAAGUGGUUGUUCCUCCCGAUGGGGGUUACAGAGGACAGUCCGGACCUGCUCCGGUUGGAAGGAUCAUCAGACACUACAGAAACAAAACUGACUUGACUGACAGAGAAUACGCAGGUUUAGUAGAAGUACUACAGUUUGUGAUGUUGCUCUCAGUGUAUUAAUACCUGACACUUCCUGUAUGACAUUAAAAAACAAACAAAAAAGGCAUCUUUUUUUUAUUUUAUUCUUAACCCCCAAAACAAUUCACUGGUUAAGUAUUUAAACGAAGUGAAAGGUG